GUACGCAGUCAGUACUACCAUGAUCAUCAAUCAACUCAUGACGUUAUCCGCGUGUGUAACUCUCAUACAUACUACACUCGACAGAUCUAGAUGACGUCGGUUCGAGAAGGAACGUUAACAGGGUCUUACGCCUGAUAUAUAGUACUCCAUUCUCAACGCCGUUUUUCUGUUGUAUUCUUCAUCGUAAUGGAGGCUAAUUAUGAAACGCAGCAGAUGUCCAUGAAUUUCAAGCUGUACGCCGUUCUCGUGGCAAACAGUAUCCUGAUGUACGACCAUAUCAUGACCCUCACAGAAGAAAUCGCUUUCAUUUGGUGUCGUCCGAAAGCACUCUCUUCAAUCUUAUUUCUGCUCAAUCGCUAUGUUGCUUUGCUCGGCAAUAUAUAUGCCUCGUUAUUUUAUUUCCUCCAUAUUUCAAGUUCGAGGUUUAAACUCUGGUUCUUGGCUGUCGGUUUGUUUUGCUCAACAAAAUUCCAGCUGUCCGAAAUAUUUGCUAUACAGGAAACUGUUCAUUUUUGUCAACAAAUCUUUAUUUGCCUCAUAUUGACCCUUCGCACUUAUGCUCUCUACGGCCGUAGCCAGUCCCUCCUUACUUGGAUGAUAAUCAUCGUCCUUGCUCUUGCGGGAUUAACUUUUGCGGGAACUUUUGGGCACUAUCCAAGCACUGCGAACUUCUUGGCAGGAGUUUACUGCUAUGAAUCAUAUACAGAAACAGUUAUUCCCCAUGGGAUGACAUGGAUGGCCCUGUGUUUCUACGAAUCACUCAUCUUUGUCCUCACAGUGUCCAGGAUAUGCAAAACUAGAGGAUUGAUGCGGUUAUCUCUGGUAAUGUCAAGGAGAAAUAUAAUUGAUAUUAUAUUUCAAGAUGGUGCAAUGUAUUUUGCUGCGAUAACAUUGAUUAAUCUACCCAACAUCCUAACGUACUACUGUGGUCCGGAUAUCGCUAGAGGCAGUCUGGCUACAUUUACUAACUGCAUGUCCGUGACUCUUGUCUCUCGGCUGGUGCUUAACCUUCACAAAUCUAUCGACACUGGUAUUCUCCCCAUCUUCAUCCAGGAUGAUGACCACGGUUCUGCUGUCCUCACCACCAGGGUCAACGUACAGUCCGCGAUUUCCUCUCACUAUUGCUAGGUUAAUAUCAUGUUUAUGUUUCUGGAUGCGGAUAUUCUUAUCGGAACUGGAAAGUGUUAAUGAAUGUUAGGGGAGUGCCCAGAUCUGCAGAGACGGAACCGCGUCCAUUCGAUCGCGCAUUUGAAACAGUAAGAUGGACACCGUCAGAUGGCGCUAGGAGCUGUGGGAA